UGAACCGGUGCAACUUUCCAGAGUGAAAUCUUUUUAAGAAACUCUACAGUUGGCUUGUGACAAUGUCACCACCUACGAGUUCUCAAGUGAAGGAGAUACCGGAUUGCCGGCAGUUUGCGAACACAACAACAACAGCAGCGAAAACAACGCCAGAACCAUUUGUUGCCAAUCGAGUCUUGCACUUUUUUUGCGAUUUCUUUAAACUUGCGAGUUUGGUCACAGGAUUCUUUGGAACAUGGAUAAUUUAUUUCAAUAAACAAUUUUGGAAAAACAAGCACAUCACUCUUUGUAGUAUUUGUGCUAUUAUUACCUUUUGCCUGGUGUUCGUGGCGUCGGUGGCAGCAUUUAUACAAAUUAAGAGGAUUGAAAUUCUGGACAUUCAUUUAUUGAAAUUGGCUUACGAAAAAAGACAAAAAAAUAAAAUAUUCCGAAACCAGAAGAGAGCGAGUAUGAAACGAGGUAAAAGCAAACCAAAAAAUUUUCCCAACAAGAAAUAAAUAUCUGUAUUUUUAAUAAAGUAAUUC